GAUCGGCAAAAUUGACUUUAUUCGACUUAAGCCAAUAAAGCCGCGGCUUUAUUCGUCCGUUCCAUCCGGUUGGAAGGGUUUACAACGGGCUGUUAUCCGGACGACCACACCUUACGAUUGACGCAGCAGAGCCCGCCAGCAAGGAGCCGCUGCGACGAAAGACUCGCCGCCAAGGACGUCGUGGCUUACACGUUGCUCGUCAAUCUCAACGAUACAUGGACCCCAAAAGCUCGGAUGUUUCAGUAUGCCCGAGCAGACCGCGUAGGCCAAGAUGACCUAGCGCAACAGCGACAGCAUUGUCGAGUAUAACCGAUGCCUCUCGCCGUGACCACGUGCAUUUUCGCAACUUACACUCCAAGCAAAUGAAGGUCGUGUGCGUGCUGUCCGAGGGCGGCGACGCCGGCAAGCGCAAUUCCAACAUCCUGGACUGCGUCGAGAACGAGCUGGGCUUGCGCAAGUUCCUCGAGGACCGCAGCCACGAGUCCGUCGUGACGUCCGACAAGGACGGGAACGACUCGGAGUUCGCGCGCCAUCUGCACGACGACGACGUGGUCAUCUCGCAGCCCUUCUGGCCGGCCUACAUCACUCGCGAGCGCGUUGCCAAGGCGUCCAAGCUCAAGCUGGCCAUCACGGCCGGCAUCGGCUCCGACCAGGUGGACCUGGUGGUGGCGUGCGACCGCAACAUCACCAUGACCGUGGUCACGGGCUCCAACAUCGUGAGCGUGGCAGAGCACGUCGUCAUGAUGAUCCUCUCGCUCGUGCGCAGCUACAUGCCCGCGUACAAGCAGGUGGUGGACUGCAAGUAUAAUAUCGCAGCCAUCACCAACCACGCGUAUGACCUGGAGAACAAGCACGUGGGCGUCGUGGCUGCCGGACGUAUCGGUCUCCGCGUGCAGCUGCACUACACCGAUAAGGUGGCUGCCGGCCGACGUGGAGAACGAGCUGAACGUCAUGUUCCACGCGACGGUGGAGAACAUGGUGAAGGAGUGCGACAUGGUGUCCAUCAACUAUCCGCUGUACUCGGAGACCGAGAACCUGUCCGACGCGCAGCUGCUAAGCAAGAUGAAGAAGGGCGCGUACAUCGUCGACACGGCGCGCAGCAAGAUCGUGGACAAGGACGUGCUGGUGAAGGCCGUCAAGAGCAGUCACAUCCGGGGCUACUCGGGCGACGUGUGGUUCCCGCAACCUGCGCUGGCCGACUACUCUCUUUCUCUACUAGUGACUCGGUCGCUGCAACGGAUCCGUCUAGUAACAAAAUAAAAGAAUUAUGCUUGGAUUGCUGCAUCUAGUUCCAUUGUAUUGAGCUAUUCUGCAUACUCCGAGUACGGUCUCAAACCAAAC